AUGGCAGAGCCUACGUCCGAGCAGCGCGAGCUCUCGCUCGUGGAAAAGGUCGACUUCCGCAUCCUCAAUGUGGCCAACAACGAGCAGAAGCUGCAGGACCUGCUGAGCAAGUUCCUCGUGCCGCUCCUCCUCAAGGGCGCCAGCGAACAUGCCUCGGUGCGCGCCAAGGUGGCCACCGUCGCCCAGCGCCUCAAGCUGUUCAUCAAGCCGCCAGGCGUCGUCCUGCCCGUGGCGGCCCUCGUCGACCAGUUCAAGUCCACCGCGUCGCCCGUCGUGCGCCACCUCGACAUGGUCUUCAUCCAGCACAGCAUCGGCCGCCUGUCGGCCAAGGACCGCCGUGCUCUUUUGCCGGCGCUGUUGCGCGGCAUCUCGCGCGUGAACAGCAGCACGCCCGCGCUCUUUGAUAUCGUGCUGCAGACGCUGCCGGUCCUCAAGGUGCCCGCGCGCGGCUCGCAAGAGGACGACGCUUUCGCCGAGGCCAUUGGGCUGGCAGACCCGGCCGACGCCGUGUACGUGGCCGAGCGGUUUGGUCAGGUGUUUCUGCUGUCGCGGGGCGGCAGUGGCGGCGCAGCGUCCGGCGCACAAAUGGCCGCUGCGGCCGAUGUGGCCUUUUUUGGCCUGGACCAAGACGACGCCUGGUUGCGGGCCGGCACCAACCUGGCCGACACCCGGAUCCGCGUGGCGCAGUUUUUGGCCAGCGGCGCGUUUGCCCACAACGACGACACGGAGGCGGCCCGCUUCAUGCCGUCGCUCUAUGCCGCCGUGCACACCGACAGCCGCGUGUCGUCGCUGGGCGAGGAUCUGCUCAAGCGCACCAAGGUGUCUCUCGAGUCCAAGACGCUUGUGGAGCAGUUGUUUGCCGCUCAUGCCGUGCUGCCCCCGGCCUACCGCAUCCGCAUCCUGAACCUGCUGAGCCGGUCGUCGUUGUCGACCUCGUACACCGACGAGAUUUUAAAGGUCGUGGUGCGCGACAUGGGCGCCAACAAGGAUACGUCGGCCGAGGCGGCGGCGGCGGACAACGGCGCAACGGCCUCGUCCCGGUCGCGUGGCCUGGAAAUGGCCAAGCUGUACAACGCGCUCUUCGAGUACAUCAACUGGAUCGCGCGCAUCGGCCCCAACAAGCAGGACUUUGCCAUUGGGCGGCCCCUGAUCGAAUACCUGCAGCAGUACAUCCAGGACCUUGGCUGGCCGGUGCCCACGUCGACGGGCGUGGACAACGAGACGCUGCGCGCCAAGGCAUACGAGACGAUCGGCCAGCUGGCCAAGGGCGCGCGCAUGACCACGGCAGAACGCCUGGCGCUGGCGCGCUACUUCUUCCGCUCGCUGACCGAAGACCCCGUUGCCGAGGUCGUUGUGAACGUGGACGGCGCACUGUCCAGCCUGUCGUCUGUGUUUGCGCCAGAGAUGGCUGCCAGAGGAAAAGGGAGCGGAACGAGCAAAGCGCAGGAGCAGGAACGGCAGACCAAAGACCGCGAGACCAUUGAGCCCGAGCUGCGUGCCAUGCUGCUCGAAUACAUUGGCCUCGAUGGCAGCGACGACGGAGAUGCGCGCAUCCGCCGAAGCGCACGCCACGCGGCCGCCAAGUGGGCAAACAACUGUCUCCGGUUUGCCGACCCCGUCGGCCGCUGGAUCGACAUCCUGGCCGCUGCGGGCCGGCGCGGCGAGCGCAGCGAUGUGGUCGAGGAGGGCCACAAGGGCCUCGACCCGUGGACCUACUACAGCAACAACGUGGACGACCUGGUGCUGCCGCAGUGGCCGGCGCUCGUGCAGACCUUCUUCAAGGGGCGCGUGGGUGGCGAGGCGGCCGAGCACACCGAACCGGCCGGCAUGGACGUGGAUGCUGUGUCGGUCUUUGUCAACUUUUCCGGUGACAUUUUGGACGCGUUUGCGCUUGCCGUCAACUACUGCAAGCGCAUCUUGCUGUUGACAGCGCUGACCGACUUCAAGGUCGAGCCCGGCUGGGAGCAGCAGGUCGAGACGCUGGUGCGGUCAGACAAGGCCAGCCGGGACACGAUUCGGGCCUACCUCGCGUCGUCGGCCGCGCUCCAGACGUCGCUGCAAGACCUGCUCGAGGCUGCCUUGGAAGGCAUGCUCCUCAAGGACAAGCCGGCCGUCGUUGAGCCGUGUGGCCGCUGCUUUGUCGAGCUGGCCUCGCUCGCGCCGCAGGCUGCACUCGCGCACUUGGCCGGCCGAGCGUCUGAGCUGUUGCCCCUCGCUACGUCAAACAAGAAGGAAGUGCGAAAGCUCGCGGCGGCCGCCAUUGGCAUCCUGGGUGCCCACCCGCUCAAUGGCGUUGCCAGCGUGGCCAAGCUCAAGGCCGAUCUGGUGGCUGCCGCCCAGCCAUGGAAGACAGCCGUGGGCUCGGAGCUGAACGCGACAGAGGGUGCCUUUGUGUCCCUGGCACACCUAUUGUCGCGAAUUGUGUUUUAUGAUGCCGCCGACGCAGACCGACGGCGAGCCUCGCUCGUGGACGACGUUGCGGCCCUGUUUCCGACCGCAAAGGAGAUCGGCGAGGCGUCCAUGUCGUUCCAAGACGCAUUGUUUGACGCCCUGUCCCAGCUGUGGACGGCAGGCAUUGCUUGUCUCCCGGGCUCUGUUCCCGACGGAAGCGACGCGGAUACGACCAAGACGGUUGUUGGAUUCGUCGACGUGCUCACCACGCAAGCCAAAAAAGGAAACGAGCGCGCCAUCGCCGCCCUGGGCCGCCUUGCUGUGUCUGUCGGUGCUGACUCGACAGCGGCCGGGGCCGAAUCCACCGACACGGAUCAAGGGGCAGACGAGACGGACGUCACGGCGCUGAUCCUGUCCAAGCUGUACGACUUGUACGAAAUCAAGCAGGCCGAGGCACACUUUGCCAUUGGCGGCGCGAUCACGGCGGCCGUGGCCUGUUGGGACGCGGACGUGGUUGAGCUGUCACUCGAUGUACAGUCGUCGUCGUCGUCGUCGUCGUCGUCGUCGUCGUCGUCAUCUUCGUCUUCGUCUCCUUCCAGCACCAGCCCGGCCAAGCGGGCGCCGUUCCGGAUCGCCAAGCGGCCGCACCGGCUGACCGCCGCUCUGGACAAGAUCCUGACGGACGGCAAAACAACAAAGCCGGCUCUUCUCAAGGCGUCGGGCAUCUGGCUGUUCAGCCUGAUCCAGCACUGCGCGCAUCUGCCCGAGGUGCAGAGCCGGCUGCGCGAGUGCCAGGUCGCGUUCAUGCGGCUGCUGAGCGCGCGCGACGAGCUGGUGCAGGAGACGGCGUCGCGGGGCCUGGCGCUCGUGUACGAAAAGGGCGACGCGCCGCUCAAGGGCGACCUGGUGCGCGACCUGGUGGCGUCGUUUACGGGCAGCGGCACGCAGCUCAAGGUCGACGAGGACACGGAGCUGUUUGACGCGGGCGCGCUGCCGACCGGCGAGGGCAAGUCGGUCACCUCGUACCGCGACAUUGUCAACCUGGCCAACGAAGUGGGCGACCAGACGCUCAUCUACAAGUUCAUGUCGCUGGCGGCCAACGCGGCCACGUGGUCGACGCGGUCGGCCUUUGGCCGCUUCGGCCUCAGCAACAUCCUGUCGUCCGAGGCGGAGACGGUCGACCCCAAGCUGUACCCGAAGCUGUUCCGCUACCGCUUCGACCCCAACCCCAACGUGCAGCGGUCGAUGAACGACAUCUGGAAGGCGCUGGUCAAGGACUCGAACGCGGUCAUCGAGACGCACUUUGCCGCCAUCAUGGAGGACCUCCUGAAGAGCGUCCUGGGCAAGGAGUGGCGCGUGCGCGAGGCCAGCGCGGCGGCCAUCGCCGACCUUGUGCAGGGGCGGCCGUUUACGCAGUACGAAGCGUACUACCAGGACAUCUGGGCGCGCGCCCUCAAGGUGCUCGACGACGUCAAAGGAUCGGUGCGCGAGGCGGCGCUGCGCCUCUGCAUCACGCUGUCCAACACGCUUGUGCGGCAGCUGGAAGAGGACGGCAGCAGCGGCAGCGCAGCCGGUGCGCGCAAGAACGCCGUCGCCAUGAUGAACGAGGCGCUGCCCUUCCUCAUGUCCGACAAGGGCAUCGAGAGCGGCGUCGAGGACGUCAAGGUGUUUGCGACGCUGACCGUGCUCAAGAUUGCCAAGCACGGCGGCAAGUCGCUGCGGCCGUACAUUGCGGCCAUGGUGCCGCAUCUGCUGGGCCUGCUGAGCACCAUCGAGCCGCAGGCCUUCAACUACUACUACAUGCGCUCCGGCGACGACGACCGGGAGAAGCUCGACAAGAUGCGUAGUGCCAUGGUGUCGCAGUCGCCCAUCUCCGAGGCCAUUGAGAACAGCCUGCGCAGCGUCGACGCCGCCGUGCUCACGGACCUGGCGCCCGGCAUCGAGGCGGCGAUGAAGAGCGCGGUCGGCAUGCCGACCAAGAUCGGCUGCGGGCGGGUCCUGCAGACGCUGGCCACGCGCCACGCGCUCGACUUUGCGCCGCACAGCGCGCGCUUCCUGCAGCUGCUGGGCAAGCAGCUGCUCGACCGCAACGACGAGGUCAGCCAGAGCUAUGCCAAGACGGCGGCGUACGUCGUGCGGACGGCGCCCGACGCCGCGCGCGCGCGGUUCGUGGGCCACCUCGUCGACCUCUAUUUUGGAGCCGAGGACGAGACGCGCCGCCAGAAAGUGGCCGACGCCGUGCUGUUCCUGUCCAAGAUCAGCCCGGACCACUUCAACGCGCUCGAAGCGCGCCUGCUGCCGCUGUCGUACCUGGCCCGCCACGACGCCGACGACUACGUGCACAAGGCCGCCGACGAGGUCUGGAGCAAGCACGCCGGCAGCAGUCUGAGCGUGGCGCGGUACGUGCCCGAGAUUGCUGCGUUGACCGAGCGCGCUCUCGACACGGCGCAGUGGGCGCUCAAGCACGCCGGUGCGCGCACGGCGGCGGCGGCCGUCGGGUCGGUGCUGGCCGCCAGCGACCUCAGCGGCCAGGUCAACGUGGCGCACCUCGAGCUGCUGUGGCCGCUCUACGAGCGCGCACUGGCCCUCAAGACAUUUGACGGCAAGGAGACGCUGCUGGAUGUGCUGCCUGAUGUUGUGAGCAAGGGCAAGGCGCUGUGGCAGGACAACGCCAAAGUAGCUGCGUCUCUGCGCAAGAUGGCGACGGUGGAGGCCAAGCGCAACAACGACGCAUACCGCGUGCACGCCUUCAAAUGCCUGUGGCGCGUGGCCGCGGCGCGCGAGGACGAGGCGGCCGUCGGCAUGUGGGACGACAUUGUCGCGAUUGUGACGCCACACCUGGAGGCGCUCAAGGAGUGGGAGGAUGCCAAGGACGGCGGCGACCGCAUGGACGUCGACUCGGCCAAUGGCAGCAAGAAGGACACGGCGGCCGCGACAAAAGAACGGCUCGUGCGGCAGACGGCGGAGAAUGCGCUGGAUGCGGUGGCUCGCGGCUACCACAGACCCUCACUGCAGCGCGACCCUCGCGCCGUUCUAGCGGCCGUCUGGGCCGUUCUGGCCCCCUUUGUGAGCAGCAGCGCCUACAUCCUCGUCCGGCGGACGACUUGGUACAAGGCCAUGGGUGAGCUGCUCGAGGCGGCCGCGUCGACGGAUGUGCCGUCCUCGUCCUCGUCGGAAAGCGGCGGCGACUUGGCAUUGGCGUACCUUGCGUCUCUCGACGUCGACACACCCGAGGCGGGCACAGAAGAGCAGCGCUCGUCACGAGCCAAGGCGCUCAAGGCACUGGUCAGAGCAAGCAAAAAGGGGGCGUUGGGCGCCGUUGGCAGCGAAGCGGCAAGCAGAAUCAAAGCGGCCGUCGACGGGGCGCUCUCGACAGAGCGGUCUCUUGAUGUGCAGAAGCUGUUGCGAGAGGCUGUUGCUGAAGGAAAGAAGUAG